ACCUCGAGCUUAAUUUUUGAAUCGGCUUCAUACGCAAACGGAAAAAACCGCUGUAAUCACCGUGGGUUCACCCGCGAACAGUGCCGUUUUGUUGGAAUCGAGCAAGCUCUUCAUCAGUCUGUGAGACUUCCUCGCGCGAAUUGCAUCUUCUGCUAACAAGAAUGGCCAAACCUUCCUCUCUGGCACAAUAUAUCACUUUGAUCUCAAUUUUGCCAGACGAUCUCCUCCUCGUUAUCUUUCAAGCAGUUGCAGACGACAUUUACAGCACCAACGAGCAGCUACGCCUUGAUUGCAUAGCACUUGCGAGUGUGUGUCGUAGAUGGCGGUCACUUGCUCUCGGCACCUCUCGUUUUUGGACACGUCUGCAUAUGGUGACAAGGCUCGGUUCCCUUUCGAGGGAACAUCUCGAGAGGAAUGUGACGAGAUCUGCGAAUGCGCUAGUUGACGUUGUCAUAUACGUCGCAAGACCUCCCAACCCAUGGGGCCAAGCUGCUUGGACUCUGGUCUUUGACGGAACCAAGACAUGCCUCAAAGUGCUGCGGGAGUGCAGCCAUAGAUGGAGGAGCCUCAAAAUUAUCAAUGAGGAGGACAAUCACUCGGGCCUCUUUGGCUUUGUAUUGUCAGAGCUGGGUCUUCCUCACGCGCCUGCGUUGAGUGAGGUCGAGAUCGUCUGUCACACCAGUGGUUGGAUCACUUCGUUGAGGGAAUCCUUUCAGUUUCUAUCGCCCACGUAUACUCCCUCGCUAAAGAUGUUGACAUUGGAGGGAUGCGAUUCGAACAUAUUGCCUCGGCACUUCGAUGCAUCGUCUUUGACGCAUAUCAGUCUCAACUUCUUGCGUCAAUUUAGCUACAUUCCGACUCCAAACAGUCUCAUCGCCUUUCGCAACUUCCUAUCAUGUGCACGGAAUCUCGUUUCCCUCAAGGUGCACCGACGCGUCUUUUUUGUGGAGCACGCAAAAACGGACAAUGAAUUGGACCCUAUCAUGCUUCCCGCUCUCCAAACUCUCAGCAUCAUUAUGGGCACAGAGAAGCCAGCCUAUCUCAGUAGCGUCCUCGGGACCAUAGCAGCACCGAAUCUACAUCACCUCGCAGUCCACGGUGAUUCUCUGGCAUGGGGAGAAGGCAGUGUUAUUGACUUCUCCUCACCCGCAUUUUUCCUCCGGCAAGACCAGACGCCGAAGUUCCCUUCUGUGUGCAAGCUGACGAUGAAGAACAUGCUCCAGUCGAUGCAUGGCCCCGGGAAAAACAUAUGCUCUAUAUUUACCGCGCUCCCUCAUGUGACAGAAGUGGUGCUUGACCACGAUAUUCGGGAAAUUGCUGAUCAACUCGUACUGGAAUCAUACAACCAGAUAGCGCCGCCGCUAUGGCCGUGCCUGUCGCGGCUGACGAUUGAAAUGCCCCCCAUGACAAAGUUCCACUACCUCCCGCAGCUCUCCGAGUGGCUGCGUCUCCGACACGCAAGUGGGCUGUCGCUGCCCGCGGUAAUCAUACGCUAUGGGCUUCAACGAGCUGGAGCGAAGGAGGACGUAAGGGAUUUGAUAGCGGUUAGGAAAAUUGUGAAUGAUGCGACGGGGUACCGCACAUCCGAUACGAGGGAGGUGGUGAAGCAGCUUGGAAAGCUGGGUGCGUUGGUAGAUCUGAGGGUCGACUCGUGGACUGCGUGAAGCGUUGUUUUGGCGUGAGAUCGUGACGAAUCCUUUGGUAGACCAUAUGUUAGACAUUUUCGUCAUACGAAUGUGUUUGUCGUCCUGUAAGUACUUUACU